GCUAUUAAUGUCGGUGACCAAAACAGAAAAUAAGCAGACAAAGGAAUAAAUAAAAUUUUUAAAUAAAAAUAAAAUAUAGUACAACGGGAUUUUACCCACCUGGCCUUAAACUCUGUCUGUCCAUUGCAUACGAAACUAUAUUCAAAAUGUUCCUUUUCAUAACUAUCGCGACGCUUUGCCUACUGUUGGCUAUUGUAGGUGAUCUCAUCAAACUGUUACAAUUGUCCAAAAUAUUUCGCUGUGUUUACGGCUCUGCCUCCAGCGAUGAGCUGCAGCAAGAACUAAAAGAAGCCCGCGAAAGAGUGGAGCGCGUGCGACGGUCUUCCGCAGCAACAAGCCACUAUACCUACACAGUAAAAUUGAUGCGUGCGGAAAACGAGCUUAAGACCAUACAAUCGAAGCUCCGCAGUGAAGGCAACAUGCAACGUCUCAAAGGUGCAUCCGUCGAACUUUUUGUUAGUUACCUGCUAAAGGGUAUUAUCUCAUUGGUACUUUUCAUAAUAACUUUACGCAAUCGAUAUACACCUGUUAUUAUAUUUCAUGAAAACAUAAGCUUUGAACCAAUUGGUGCGCUGUUGAGUUUUCCAACAGGUGUUCCAAAUGCGAUAUCUGUGCCGUUCUGGGUACUAUCCUGCAACAGCGCAUUUCGGUUGAUUGUCAACGCUCUCAAAGGAAAGUGAUUGUAUUUGUUUUGGCAAUGACAAUGGGAAUGGUGGUGGCGGUAGCGCAGUACGUAAGGGAGGAUCGAGUGCUUGUUGUAAUAUGACUGUAUUGGAAGUGUUAUUAGCUUUAUUAGGGUGCAAAAAGAAAGUGGUCAUGAAAUUCAUGGCUACACCUCCCUAUAACUGAAACGAAGUGCUCUGUACUGCCAAACAAAUACAUAAAGCAUUUCGUACAUUUUCAAUUAUUUAAAUUGUAUAAACUUAUUUAUUGUGAAAUAGUUUACAGCAUUUUAGAUGAUGUUUUCAAAUAAAAUACAUUGAUGUAAAGUUUUGUCGAGAAAAAAAUUAGUGCUACUUUU